UCUCUGAGAUACACUAGCCACGAUUAUAAUCCAACUUGCUCUAUCCACACCAGACACAAGAUGCACUGAAGAACUGAAGUCAGAAAUGGAACAGCGGUUGAGUAAAAAAUAAUCGAUGUGUUCAUUAUUCAACCAACUGAAAAAUUGCAUCUAUCUUCUCUCACAGGAAAAAUUGAUAGUGGGAAGGAAAACAACAAUUGACUGACUGUUGAUGUCAAAACUUGGCUUCCAGCUCGGCUAUUUCAAAAUCAAUUCACUGUUAUAUACAUCGAAUGACUCUAUUGUUUUAAACUCACCUCCCAAAAUAUUCAAUAUAGUUCACAUUUAUCGCAUUUUCAAUUUUUUUAUUCAUCAUUUAUUAUUCGUUACCCACUUAUGAAUAAUAUUUUCACCACUUUAUUCUCAAGUUAUAUGGCAUGAAAAACAGGGUAAAUAAAAACAAAAAGACUGCUAGCCCAAUAGAAUAUUUGACCUUAUUAUUUUCCCUUUUUUCGACCACAAUUAUAUCGCCCGUCAGUUCAUUGUAUUGGAUGGAUAUCUUUAUUUUUAGUUUGUUAAAUGAUCUUUUCUCUAAAUUUGUUUAACAAUGACUGAUUGUUCGCUUGCCCUGCUCUCAUUUUCGGGUUUUUGUUGGUAUGUUUUGCUGAUUGUGUAACCUGUUACGUAACACUCCAAAAUUGCAUCAUCAGUUUACUUUUCUUUCACUUAUACUUCCUUCUCAACACGCGUGAACGCAAACAAGAGAAGAAGAUGAUGAAGAAGAGAUUUCACGUGGAGAUCAUCACUUCUCCCUCCCAUUUUCUCCUCCUCCUUCUUCUCCUGCUCUGCUGUUCGCCUCUGGUCGUCUGCCAAAAAACAGCGCCUCGUGAUAUCGAAGUCAGUGGAAUCACUCAGAACUCGGCGACCAUCUGCUGGAAGCAACCGGCACAAGGGGGUCCAAUGCGGGAGUUCCAGAUAGUGCUGAGCGUGAAAGACGAUGACUCGCUGAACAAGUUCGAGUAUCUCAGUUUGGAUGAGUCUCAGGAUCCGGAAGACGAGAGGAAUCUGUGCAAACAGUUCACACUUCUUGAACCAGGAGUGGGCUACGAAGUGUCUGUGGUGGGAAAAGGCAGCCCAUUUGCGUACAAGGAACAGGACAUGUUCUACUUCAAAACACGCGAAAAUCCCUGCUCCAGCCACAAGUGUGCAAAUGGGGAGUGUACAGUGACGGGGGAGGAGGAGGACUCGUUCAACUGCAUGUGUUUCAUGGGCUACUACGGCACCUCCUGCGAUAUGUUUAACCCCUGUGCCAGGAAACCGUGCGGAGAAUUCGAGUGCUUCAACACCACUGAAGGCCACUUCUCCUGCGCCUGCCCGGACGGGAGGAGCACCACUGACCCCGUGGACUGUCUCAACACAGACCCCUGUGCCAAUCACAAGUGCCAAUGGGGGGAGUGUGUCCCUACCAAUCCUGAUGAUGAUGAAGAAUACGACGGCUUGGAUUUGCGCGGGGGGAAUGUGGCUCCCAGCUACGUGUGUGAGUGUGAAAGGGGCUACAGGGGCAGAUGGUGCGAGGAUAGAGACACCUGUCAGUUCGUCAACUGCCACAACAAUGGCACCUGUAUCUCGUCAUCGUCAGGAGGGGGGACAGCAGAUAGCUACCAUUGUCAGUGUCAGCCCGGAUACACAGGUGCAAACUGUGAGAAAACCGACCCCUGCAGGACCUCACCGAAACCAUGUCUUCACGGGGGCAAAUGCGUGCCCCCCUCUCCCUCUUCGGGGGCAAGGGGGAGGAGUUUCGAGUGUGAAUGCCCGCGAGGCUUCAGGGGGGACAUUUGUGAGUCGAAGGACGGAUGUGCCGACGAUCCAUGUGAGAACGGAGCCGAAUGCGUGAACGCGUUGAAUGGGGAAGCCACUUGCACUUGUGCCGAGAAUACUUAUGGAAAAUUCUGUCAAUACCGAGACAAUUGCGCCUCUGAGCCUUGUGGGGACAGAGGGGUGUGCAAAAGCGACAAGAGUGUGAAAGAUGGCUUCAUCUGUGUGUGCAAGGGGGGCUACUUCGGAGUCCACUGCGAGCUACAGGAUCCCUGUGUGCUCGACCAGCCAUGCCAGAACAAUGCCAACUGCAUCAGUAACGGCAACGGGAGUUUCGAGUGCGAGUGUGAGGCGCAGUCAGGUAAUUGGGGCAACAGGUGUCAAUACAGCAAUGAGUGCAUCCACAAACCGUGCAGGAACUCAGGGCAGUGCUUCAACGACACCAACAGUGCACUAGGCUACAGGUGCAAAUGUCCGGGUACGUUUGACGGUCAGAACUGUGAGAACAUUAACCAGUGCAAGAACGUCACUUUCUGCACCGGCCAUGGAACAUGCAAAGACAACAUGUGCAUCUGUGACGACGACUAUUACGGUGCACACUGUGAGAACUUCAAUGCGUGCGAAGUGAUUAGACCGUGCAAACAUUCAAGUGAGUGCACGCCCACAGGUGAUAACAGCUACAGGUGUGAGUGUGAUCACGGAUACCACGGCACCAAUUGUGAGAAGUUUGAUCCCUGUCAUGCUCAACCCUGCUUCAAUGGAGGCAGUUGCGUUCUUCAGGAUGACAAAAUGGGUUACUUCACGUGCGAUUGUAUUUUGCCCUACUACGGGACGAGAUGUGAACUGUUCAACCCCUGCCUCUUUCCUUCUGUCGUAUCACGUGAUCAAAAUGGGGUGUGUCCACGUGAUUUCAAGUGUCUCAACACCACAACCGGUCAUCUCUCGUGCGUGCCCCAAAACAUGAACGAAUGGAUGGGGCAGGGACAGGGAAACUCGGGGGGAGGGGAGGGGGGACUACUUGAAUUAAAAUGUGCAAAGGAUGCGGACUGUUUCAACGGGGGCACUUGUGAUGCGAGGGGGAGCAAAAAGUGCAAUUGUAAAAAUGGGACCUACAGUGGUAUUUUGUGUGAGAAAAUGAACCCCUGUAAUGACCAGUCGAUCUGCAAUGGAAGGGGUGUGUGUCGAUCUGACAAGGGAGACAACACAGCUGAGUGUGAGUGUGAGGCAGGCUGGUUUGGACCUCGAUGUGAGAUGGAAGACCCCUGUGGUGGGGGAGGGGGAGGGGGACGUCUCAACUGCUUCAACGGGGGCAACUGUGUCCGCAUCUACAACCCCUUCUCCAAAAUCACCACCCCCAAAUGCCACUGUCUAGACGGAUUCAGCGGUGCAGAGUGCAGGGAGCGUGCGAAGGAGUGUGUGAUGAACCACUGCAGUCAUCAGGGCCAGUGUCUGUCUCUCGGCUGGAACAAAGACGAGGAGACGUUCCGGUGUGUGUGUCCCCCCGCAUACCACGGACCCAGAUGCGAAAGUCUACCUUUGAAGGCGAAUUUAAUGAAGAGUCACUCUUCGUACUGA